AAAGGUCAAACUCACAACCAUAAAACCAAUCUCUUGGAGAAAUCAAUAAAUUUCCCGUUCGUGCUCUCCGUUUUGGUUAAUGCUUUAUCAUCUGACCUUCAACUCACGUUAGCAGCGUCGCUCGGCGGCGACCGGCGACCGGAGACAGCCACAGAGGCUGCGGCGGAACCGACAAAUCGUACUGAUACCAACAGAAACAGCAACGCAGGAAAGCAGAUACACAAUUUUGUGUUAGUUCCAUCCGGCAACUGCUGCCUCUGCGGGUCAGACCUCUGAAGAAGUUUUCUUUGUUUUUCUUCCGGUUUAUUAUGAAGAAAAGCCAAAGUAUCAAUAAUAGCGUGAACAAUAAGGCAAAGAAUGGGGCUACAAAUGGAUUUCUUCCUAAUUCUUUCAAGUUCAUAUCCUCCUGCAUCAAAACUGUUUCCUCUAACGUGCGAUGUGCUGGAGCCUCUGUAGCAGGCUCCAUCUCGGCUGCUGCCUCUGAAUUGGAUGAUCAUCACAAAGACCAGGUUUUGUGGGCUUGCUUUGACAAACUUGAAUUAGGCCCCUCAUCAUUCAAAAACAUUCUGCUAAUUGGCUAUUCCAAUGGUUUUCAAGUCUUGGAUGUUGAAGAUGCUUCUAAUGUAUGUGAACUUGUCUCUCAUCGGGAUGAUCCAGUAACAUUUCUACAGAUGCAGCCCAUCCCUGCAAAGUCUGAUGGCUGUGAGGGAUUUAGAAAUUCACAUCCUAUGCUCUUGGUGGUGGCUUGUGGUGAAGCAGCUCAAUCCGUCUCAGGACAAAGCAAGAGGGAUGGAUUCAUUGAGCCUCAAGCUGGAAACGUUGUUAACAUGCCUACUGCAUCUACUCUAAGAUUUUACUCUCUAAGGUCCCACAAUUAUGUUCAUAUAUUGCGAUUCAGGUCUACUGUUUAUAUGGUUAGAUCUAGUCCACAGAUAGUUGCUGUGGGCCUUGCGACACAGAUAUAUUGCUUUGAUGCGAUCACUCUAGAGAACAAGUUAAGUGUUCUCACGUAUCCUGUGCCUCACCCAGGGAGUCAGGGCUUUAUGGGAGUCAAUAUUGGUUAUGGCCCAAUGGCAGUAGGGCCAAGGUGGUUAGCUUAUUCCUCAAACAACCCAAUGAUAGCAAACACAGGACGAUUAAGUCCACAAAGUCUUAGUCCUUCUCAGGGUGUUAGCCCAUCUACAUCUCCAGGCAAUGGAAACCUUGUAGCUAGAUACGCCAUGGAAUCAAGUAAACAACUUGCUUCUGGAUUGAUCAAUCUUGGGGACAUGGGCUACAAGACAUUGUCAAAGUAUUGUCAUGAGCUUCUUCCUGAUGGUUCCAGUUCGCCUCUAUCAUCAAGUGCUGUCUGGAAUGUUGGAAGAGGUCCAGUUCACUUCAAUGAAAAUGAUGCUGCUGGGACGGUUGUGGUUAAAGAUUUCAUGUCCAGAACUAUUAUUUCACAAUUUAGGGCCCAUACAAGCCCCAUAUCUGUUCUCUGUUUUGACCCUAGUGGCACUCUCUUGGUCACUGCUUCCAUACGUGGUAACAAUAUAAAUAUUUAUCGGAUAAUGCCGUCGUGUUCUCCGAAUGGAGCAGGUGCACAUAACAAUGAUUGGAGUUCUUCUCAUAUCCACCUCUACAAGCUUCACCGAGGCGUGACUCCAGCUGUGAUACAAGACAUUUGUUUUAGUCACUAUAGUCAAUGGGUAGGUAUUAUUUCAACCAAGGGGACAUGCCAUGUUUUUGUUCUAUCCCCUUUUGGUGGAGAGGCAGGGCUUCAGUUACAGAGCACUCAUGCUAACGGGACAACAUUAACACCCAUACUAUCUAUGCCAUGGUGGUCUGCUUCAUCUUUUUCAACAAACCAGCACUCUUGUAGUCCCCCACCAACACCUAUCACCCUGUCUGUUGUUAGCAGAAUUAAAAAUGUCUCUGGUUGGCUUAAUACAGUGAGCAGUGUGGCAUCUUCUGCAGCAGGAAGGGUGUCUGUACCUUCUGGUGUUAUUGCAGCUGUUUUUCAUAAUUGCAUCCACCAAGAUGUGCAGCAUGCUCCCCAAAGUUUGAAUAUCUUAGAACAUUUGUUGGCCUUCACCCCUAGUGGACAUCUAAUUCAAUAUGAAAUGAUUCCUUCUCUUGGUCGAGAGCAGGGUCAAUCUUCUUUGAGAAAUGGGACAGGGCACAUGCAGAUGCAGGAGGAUGAUCUGGGAGUGAAAGUUGAGCCUGUUCAAUGGUGGGAUGUUUGUCGAAGGGAAGACUGGCCUGAAAGAGAGGAGCGUGUUCAGGAAAUAUACCUUUGGAACAAUGGCUUUAUGGAAACUAUCACAAACACUUCUGCUAGGGAAGAGGAUGAAAUUGGGGGUAAAUGUAUGUCCAAGCCAUGCAGUCAGUCUCACUGGUAUCUUUCAAAUGCCGAGGUUCAAUCAAGGUCGUGGAGGAUACCAAUUUGGCAGAAAUCUAAGAUAUGCUUCUAUACUAUGAGUCUCCAAGGGUGUACAGAGCGUUAUAUUGAUCAAGUUUCUCACAGUGGGGAGAUUGACAUUGAGAACAUACCUGUGAAUGAAGUCGAAAUAAAGCGAAAGGAUUUGUUACCUGUAUUUGACCAUUUUCAAACAAUUCACACGAAUUUGAAUGAUGAAAGAUUUUCUGGUUCAGCAUAUGGCUCUUCUACGGGUAAGGAGAAAUCAGAAUUUAGUUCUACUAUUCCAAAGGCAGCCCCCCAGUGCUUGGUAAAACAAUCAAAUGCUGGUUCUGCACAAUUUUCUAGUGUAGAUAAAAUGAGUGGGUUGCCAGUGGCAUAUCCACAUAUUGACGUAAUGGAUGAGAAUGGAGCAAGAGAAUCAGGGCCGUUGGCCCCAUUGAUGCUGAACCAGACAUCCUCUGCUCUUGAGUCAUCUGCAAAUCCAUCUUCUCCCAAAAAUCCGUCUUUCCCAUCUGGAGGAACUAGUGCUAGGGAUGUUCCAUCUCCAAACAGUGCUCUUACAAGUCGAGCAUCAAACACAAGCUCUAACAAUUCUGAUAUGAAUUUGAAUAUGAACAACAAUGAGGGGCCGGUUCAUGAAGAUAUGUGUGAUCCUCUAGAUCUUGAACAUUAUUUCAGAGAAGGCUAUUGUGAAGCUUCAACUAACAAAGAAUCAUGUAAAUUAACACAACCGGUCGAUAGCAGCAAGAGCCAUCGUGAAAAGGAGAAGAGUGAAGAUGAAGAGGAAAUUGAUGACAUGCUUGGCGGGGUUUUUGAUUUCUCUGAAGAAGGUUGAAGAAUGACUUCAAUGUUCAAAGUGGAAUCUUUAAAAGCAUUGUCCAAUACCUGAAUCUCAAGUUGCCCGAACGCUUUCCAAGAGGGAAAACUGCUACUGACUGGUUUGCUAUAUAUCUGUGGCAUCUCUGCUUAGUCCAUUUGUAUUUUGCCAGGGCGAUAAACCACCUGGCGUUUAUUUCUGAUUCUUGUGUAUAUAUAUGAUACUGUAUAUUGAAAUUCAUCACACAAAACGAUUGGUGUGGACAGUUCAGUCACUUCUGUCUAUACUUUUCAAGUUUAUUUGUUCUUUGAGAAAAGGAAAACAAGAAUGAAAAAAAGUUAAAAAAGGAUAUCGUUAGCUUACUGCUCCUCAAGCCCUUGAUCAGGGACUUAGUUUACUGGCUGUUAAAUGCUCAGUCCGCCCCCCGCCCCCUCACUCCUGGUUUGGUUUGUUGUAUGUAAUGGAAUGAAGGGCUUUUAUGUUU